CAACGUCCAAGCAACCAACAUUCCAGCAACGUUCAAGCAACGUCCAAGCAACGUCCAAGCAACGUCCCUCCUUCUGCAGCGCGUCAUGACAGCCAGGGUCCGUCGAACCUUGUUCUCGGAGAUAUCCAUCAUAAGUUGCGUCCCUUGUCGGUUGGCUGGGAAUAUUGUUUCUUGUUGUUGCUUUUCUUUUCUUUUCUUUUUUCCCCCCUAUUUUUCUCCUCCCCUUACAUUACAUCCUCUGUAAUCCAUCCAUCCGCUUCACCAUAUCACCAUAUUGCCGUUCACCUUAUGCUGAGUAAACGA